AUGCCUUAUAACAUUGCCAUGGUCAGCGACUUCUUUUUCCCCCAGCCAGGGGGCGUGGAGAGUCACAUCUACCAGUUAUCCAGCAAACUGAUCGAUCGCGGGCAUAAAGUGGUCGUCAUAACACACGCAUACAAAGGCAGAACUGGAGUACGAUAUCUGACGAACGGGUUGAAGGUGUAUCAUGUCCCCUUUUUGGUCAUAUACCGAGAGUCGACCAUGCCGACAGUCUUCUCUUUCUUCCCGAUCUUCCGAGACAUUGUGAUCAGGGAACGAAUCGAGAUUGUGCAUGGCCAUGCCAGUCUGAGCAGUUUCUGCCACGAAGCAAUUCUGCAUGCCCGGACCAUGGGGCUGCGUACCGUCUUUACAGAUCACUCACUCUUCGGCUUUGCUGAUGCUGGUUCCAUCCUGACCAACAAACUGCUAAAAUUCAGCCUCAGCGAUGUCGAUCAUGUGAUUUGUGUCAGCCAUACAUGCAAAGAAAACACUGUCCUUCGAGCUUCUCUCGAUCCCUUGAUGGUCUCAGUCAUACCCAAUGCGGUGGUGGCGGAGAACUUCCAGCCUGAAUCAUACGUACCCAAAACGCAAGAUAUGGGAUACAUGCGACCCAAGCCCAUGCCUCGUCGCCUAGGUCCUGGAGACACCAUAGUGAUUGUGGUGAUAUCUCGCCUCUUCUACAACAAAGGCACCGAUCUCUUGAUAGCCGCAAUCCCGAGAAUCCUUGCCGCUCACCCGAAUGUCCGCUUCAUCAUUGCAGGCUCGGGUCCCAAAGCCAUCGACCUGGAACAGAUGAUCGAACGGCAAAUGCUUCAAGACAAGGUGGAACUCCUUGGGCCCGUCCGUCACGAGGAAGUGCGCGAUGUGAUGGUGCGUGGGCAUAUCUACCUCCAUCCGAGCUUGACCGAGGCGUUUGGGACCGUGAUCGUUGAAGCCGCCAGCUGUGGACUCUAUGUCGUGUGUACCAGGGUCGGUGGCAUUCCAGAAGUACUACCUGCACAUAUGACAACAUUCGCCAAACCUGAAGAGGAUGACCUGGUGCUGGCCACCGGCAAGGCCAUUGCUGCCCUGCGCUCCGGGAGGGUGAAGACCGAACGAUUUCAUGACCAGGUCAAGAUGAUGUACUCCUGGACCGACAUUGCGCAACGGACAGAACGAGUCUACGAUGGCAUUACGGGUGCGAUCAGCGAACAAGAGUUCUACGGUCAACAUCCAAGUGCAAGCUGGAAUGCUGCCCGAAGUCGUUCUUAUGCCCUGAUCGACCGCUUGAAACGAUACUACGGUUGCGGUAUUUGGGCUGGCAAGCUCUUUUGCCUAUGUGUUAUUAUUGACUAUUUGAUAUUUCUCUUUCUGGAAGUAUGGGCCCCGAGGGCGUCCAUUGACAUUGCCCGAGACUGGCCAAGGAAGCCUUUCAUCAACGACAAGAACAAGCCGGUCGAGAACGGCAUGCUCCGCCGCAGAGGCACAGAUCUCAUGGACCGCCGCAACGGCAGCCUUGCAAUGAUGUGA